AUGACCCCCUUCGAAACAGCCCUCCAGCGCAUCGACGCCGCCCACGCCGCCGACCCGCGCCAAACAACCUCCUCCACAACCAACACCCCAACCCCCUAUGAGCUCCACUACGCCCAGAAAAUGAGCAGCUACCUGGCCCGGCUCUCCCCAGACGCCCCCGAAACUCUCCAACUCGCCAUCCGCGCCCAGCACCUGCGACGCUGGGAGAUCCCGCGCAGCUCGUACCCAACCACGAAGAUCGGGUACCACUCAUGGCGCGCGGAGCUGCAGCGACGGCAAGCCGCGCUGGCAGAGCAGAUCUGUGUCGAGAGCGGGUAUAGCACCGAGGAGGCGGCGCGGGUGUCGGCGCUGGUGCGCAAGGCCGAGCUGAAGAGCGGGGAUCCCGAUACGCAGACGCUGGAGGAUGUGGCUUGUUUGGUUUUUCUGGAUGAUCAGCUGGAUCGGUUCGAGGGGGAAUUGGGGGAUGAGGCGAAGAUGGUGGAUAUCUUGCGCAAGUCUUGGGCGAAAAUGUCGGAGCGUGGGAGGGAGGAGGCGUUGAGGAUUCAGAUGUCGGAUCGGGGGAGGACGUUGGUGGGGAUGGCGUUGCAGGGGUGA